AUAACUUAGGUCGCAACCAAUCAGUACAACCCAAGAGAAUCUUCAAAUAGCACAGCCAAUCACAGUUCAGGGACCACCUCCUCCAAUGACGCCCACAACUGCGGGUGGUCUUCCUUGUUUAUGAAUCAGACAUUGUCUUGCGAUAAUACAAUCUGUUCGGCACUAGUUUGCUUUUGGAAAUAUGAUGUCACAGGUGGCUGAAUAAGGAGGAACUCGUCAACCACAUCGACCGAGUGAAAAUAUGGAGACCCUUAUCCCCAUCAUCAACCGGCUGCAAGAGGUCUUCCUGACAGUUGGCACUGAUGUCAUCCAGCUCCCUCAGAUAGUGGUGGUGGGAUCACAGAGCAGUGGAAAGAGCUCUGUGUUGGAGAGCCUGGUCGGUAGGGACUUCCUGCCCCGGGGGUCCGGGAUCGUGACGAGGCGGCCCCUGGUGCUGCAGCUGAUUAACGUGGCCCCGCUGGAGCAGAGGAGGCAGGCUGAGCACGAAAAUGGGAUUAAACAAAGUUCUCAGGACAGCUAUCCAGGUGUCAAGGCUGAGGAAUGGGGAACAUUCCUGCACUGCAAGGGCCAGGUCUUUUCAGAUUUCGCCGAAAUUCGUAGCGAAAUUGAAAAGGAGACUGAACGAAGCUCAGGUGACAAUAAGGGAAUCAGUCCUGAACCCAUCCAUUUGAAAAUCUUCUCGCCCAAAGUCCUGAAUCUGACGUUGGUCGAUUUACCCGGUAUAACUAAGGUCCCUGUAGGAGACCAACCGGAGGACAUUGAAGCUCAGGUGUACGAGAUGAUCCAGUCCUUCAUCUCCAACCCCAACUCCCUCAUCCUGGCCGUGUCGCCCGCCAACUCUGACCUGGCCACGUCGGAGGCCCUGAAGCUGGCCCGCGACGUGGACCCAGAAGGCCGCCGGACGCUGCUGGUGGUCAGCAAGCUGGACCUGAUGGACGCCGGGACGGACGCCCUGGAGGUCCUGCUGGGACGGGUCAUCCCCGUCAGGCUGGGCAUCAUCGGGGUCGUAAACAGGAGCCAACAUGACAUCAACACCCAGAAGAGCCUGGAGGACUCCCUGCGGGGUGAGCAGGCCUUCCUGCAGCGGCACUACCCCUCACUGGCCGCCCGCUGCGGCUCGCGCUACCUGGCCCGCACGCUGAGCCGGCUGCUGAUGCACCACAUCCGCGACUGCCUGCCGGAGCUGAAGAGCCGCGUGACGGCGCUGAGCGGGCAGUACCAGGCGCGGCUCAGUGGCUACGGCCAGCCGGUGGAGGACCACAGCGCCACCCUGCUGCAGAUCGUCACCAAGUUCGCCAGUGACUACUGCAACACCAUCGAGGGCACGCCGCGCUACAUCCAGACCACCGAGCUCUGUGGGGGAGCUCGCAUCUGCUACAUCUUCCAUGAGACCUUCGGCCGGACGCUGCAGUCAAUCGACCCCCUUGGGGGCUUGACUGAGCUGGACAUCCUCACCGCCAUCCGCAACGCCACCGGUCCGCGGCCAGCGCUCUUCGUGCCUGAGAUCUCCUUUGAGCUGCUGGUGAAGCGACAGAUCAAGAGGCUGGAGGAGCCCAGCCUGCGCUGCGUGGAGCUGGUCCACGAGGAGCUGCAGAGGAUCAUCCAGCACUGCUCCUCCUACAGCACACAGGAGCUGCUGCGUUUCCCCAAGCUGCACGACUCCAUCGUGGAGGUGGUGACGGCCCUGCUGAGGAAGCGCCUGCCCGUCACUAAUGAAAUGGUCCAUCACUUGGUUGCCAUAGAGCUGGCGUACAUCAACACCAAGCACCCUGACUUCAGCGACGCCGCGCAGGUCUCCGCCUCCGUCAACAGUCAGCAGGCCGAGGGUCUUGACGGAGGCAAGCGCUGGAAGGACGACCGGGCGGUGGAGGAGAGAGCCCCUUCCUCCGGGUUUGGCAGCCCCAGUAAGGGCCAAGCUAUUAACCUCCUAGACACGGCCCUGCCCCCCUCCCGCAGGCUGACCACCAGGGAGCAGAGGGACUGUGAGGUCAUCCAGCGAUUGAUCAAGUCCUACUUUCUCAUCGUGCGCAAAAGCAUCCAAGACAGCGUGCCCAAGGCGGUGAUGCACUUCCUGGUGAACUUUGUGAAGGAGCGUCUGCAGAGCGAGCUGGUGGGACAGCUCUACAAGCAGACCCUGAUGCACCAGCUGCUGGUGGAGUCCGCCGACACGGCCCAGCAGCGGGACGAGGUGGCCCACAUGCUGGAGGCACUUCAAAAAGCCAACAACAUCAUCUCUGAAAUCCGGGAGACACAUCUGUGGUAGCCCUCAGGAGACAGUGUGUGUGUGUGUGUGUGUGUGUGUGUGUGUGUGUGUGUGUGUGUGUGUGUGUGUGUGUGUGUGUGUGUGUGUGUGUGUGUGUGUGUGUGUGUGUGUGUGUGUGUGUGUGUGUGUGUGUGUGUGUUCUGUCAUGGACUAAUGGCCGAUGCGCGUACAGAGUUUAUGUUUCCCUCCUGCCAGCUGUUGCCGGGUCCUCUUGUCACACGGUGGAUUCCUUGUUGUCAUGGAGACCCUCAGUAACGAGGCGCUGCCCUGUGCCGCCGUCUCUUGUUCUGAGGAGUCUUUCAUUAUGCUGCCAAAAGCCCAAAUAAUUUGUGCGUUCCGAGGAUGACCCUCUGAGGACGUCGCUAGCGAUGUCGCGUUAAUUACGGAGUGGGGGAAUCAUCCCUGUGUCGGGUCGGAGAAAAUCAGUGUCAGAAAGAGUGUGCAGCUGAGUGUUUCUUUAUUGGAGGUGCUUGGGAUCAUGAUGUCUUCUGGACGGAGACUUGGGGAGAACGCCCCAGAGAGAGAGAGCAGCGCGGUACCAGCCGCUCCCCGAGGGACUGGAAGGAAGACCGCCGCAAUCGAUUUCUGUCAUCAGUUUUCCGCCAAGGAGCGACCCAGCGAGAGACUCUCUGAGCCCUGUCAUUACAACCCAAAUCAGGUUUCUUCUUCCCCACUUGUCUGAAUAGCCUCCGCUCUGGUCCGCCAGUGUCGCAUUGUCCUCGCAGAUUAGUGCGCAGCCUAAUAUUUGAACGAGGUGAUUAAACUCGCCCACGGGGGUAACGUGUGUGUGUGUGUGUGUGUGUGUGUGUGUGUGUGUGUGUGUGUGUGUGUGUGUGUGUGUGUGUGUGUGUGUGUGUGUGUGUGUGUGUGUGUGUGUGUGUGUGUGUGUGUGUGUGCGUGCCUGCCUGCCAGUCUGCUCACAAGCAGGAAUUAAAAGUGGUAUGAUGGUAGUGGGUAACUUGCACAUAAAAAGCAAUUCUAUUACAGGAGUGAUACUCGGGUGUGUGUGUGUGUGUGUGUGUGUGUGUGUGUGCGCGCUGCUCUCAGCCAACGUCCCGGACUUCAGUGAACACAUUAUUUUCCGGUUCCAUUACCCGACCUUUCCUCCCUCGCCCCUUGCCCGCUCCCUCGCCGUGUCCUUCCUGGGACCCAGGGGGGGGGCUGGAGGAAACGCUCCUGUGAUUGACUGUUCCAGUGGCCCUGAGCGGCAGAGAGACUCUGUCCCCGAUCCACCUCCUGCACGCUCCCUCACGUCUCCAACUCCACUCCCCUCUCAUGGCAAUCCUAACCUUUAAUUCAAAUGCGAUUGCAGCUGGCUGGGGCGCUCGUUCCUGUGGCUCGGUGUAUCGUAGCGUGAGGGGUCUGCUCUCGAUGACUGUGCCUCUCCGUCCCUCUGGCUUUCAGGUAGCAACAAGGGGGGUCUCUGUGGGUUGGCAGCCGCAUUCGGCCUCAGUCAUUUUGUUCUAAUAAGCAAAAGCAGGGUUUGAGAACCCAUCCCACGUCAAGGAGAGACUGGCCCUAACAAGACCGCGGCGGCGUCGCUGGCUGGUCUGGGAUCACCGCCCCCCCCCCCCUGGCGCAACACCAUCCAGCUGGCCUGGGGUUCAGCCCAACGUGUGUGUGUGAGUGCAUGUGAUGUGUUUGUGCAUGUGAGGAUGUGUGUGUGUGUUAACCGUGUACCUGUUAUGUUAUUUAAAUGACGCCUGUCACUUUGUCAACUGCCUGAAAAGUUCUUGCCUGCCAAUAUUUGUGAAAUGUGUCUGAGGACGGAGGGGCCCUCAGGGGAGGAGGAGGACCUCAAUAAAUAGU